AUGAUUUUCGCGAUUCUACCAAUAUUCCUCCUGAUUUCUCUAACUUCAUCCACCGAAUUCUUCAUUCAAGGUUCAAUGAGAUGCAAUCUGAACUCGAACUUCGAGGCUACUGUCGAAUUAUGGGAAGAGGAUUCACUUGAAUCGGGUUGGGAUUUGAUGAAAUCGAAAAAUUUGGGAGUUAGGGCGUCGAAUGUUUCACACAAUUUUAAUAUUCGCGGAACUCAGGAUGAAGGAGAUGGGAUUUUUGUGAGUUACGGAAACUUAGGACUAGCAUAGUGAAGUCCAAGUUAGAUUAGAUGAAAAUAGAACUUUCAAAAUCAGUUUUUCAGGACGAUGAAUAUGAGCCACUAUUGAGGAUCUAUCACAAUUGUAUGUCUAGACCUGGAACCGGAAAUAUUCUGCGAAGAUUCAAAUCUGUUCCGAUUACAACACCAGCUGUGAACUUCACAGGAUUAACCUUCAAAUUGGAUGAUCGUAUGGAUGUUGACUACGCAUCUAUAUAA